AUGGCAUGCCACGAAGCCAAAAACUCAAGCGUCAGCGUCCCCUCCCAAUCAACCCCGACCACGUCCACAGCACCCACCCUUCCGAAGGCAUCGACAACACUCUUCACCAACGCACAAAACGCCCUCCUCCCAUGCUCCGCGACCGAUAUCUUCAUAGCGCCCGUUCACGCCCUCACUGUCGCCCCGCGCGCCGUGCUCACGCUGUUCCGCGGCAUCAAGCGUGUCGCGAAGGCCGUCGUGCGCCGACGCCACGAACCCAAGCAGAGCCGCUUGACCAAAAUCAUGCAGGAAGCGCGGCUCGAGAUGCCGGAAGAGAUUGACGAGUGGGAGGAGGUGGAUGAGGAGGAUGUUAGGGAGGAUAUGCAGUGGGAUAGGCUGCGGAUGAAGUGGGAGAAGGAACGCAAGGAAAAGAAGGAUAGGGGCGAGGAUGUGAAUGAGGAUGAUGAAGGUCCUACACCGUUGGUGACGAGGAGGAAGGUUAGGCACUGGGACGAUGAGUAUGAAUCCGAUGGCGAGGUGAUUGAGAUUAGCUGA